AUGAGCGAACUCACCCAGGUGCUGAAACAGAUUAACGAGUCGCUGGCCAACACGAGCGAAGCUUUAAGCAAAUUAAAGGAAUUCUACCAUGCAGAGGACAGUCCAAGUGGUGUUAUUGAAACGAUUCUAAACAAGAACUGGAGCUCGACAGGACUUGAGAAGGUUUCACUACUAUCCCUGAAGAACGGCAGCAUGCUUGCAUACUUGGAUAGCCUGAUGGGAAUAGUCGGGGAGAAACUACAGAAGACGGAUGAGUGCACUUCUGAGAGAAGCCGCAAAAGAUCCUUAGAGCAUAGGGUGUGUCUGGAACGUGGUGUUAAGCCUUUGGAAAAGAAGCUAGGCUACCAGUUGGAUAAGCUUACGCGAGCGUACAUUAAGAUGGAGAAAGAGUACGAUAACUCCAAGCAACGGGCUAGGGAACGGGGCGAGUCUGCAGUGGGUGCAGCAGAAGGAGCAGGCUCUGAUGUUAGUGAUUCCUCUGAUGAUGAAGAAGCUCUAAUGUACAAACCAAACACCAAUGCCAUGGUAUCCAAAAAUACAGGUAAAAAUAGCCGUGACAAAAAAGCGCCACAGGAUGUGGAUGGCGGUGAAGAGAGCAAUUCUGGAGUGUACAAACCACCCAAGAUUAGUGCAAUGCUUCCGCCGGCCCAAAACCACCACUUUGAAGAUAAAUUCAACGCUCAAGAACACAAGAAUAGGUCUUCGAAGUCUCGCAUGCAAGCCAUGGAGGAGUUCAUCAAGGAAAACACAGACCAGCCCGAACUGGAGACUUCUAUUGGUGCCAACAUUGUAAAACAUGGCAAAGGUGGUAUCAAAUCCUUGAGAGAUGCAGACCGGGAGAGUUCCAUUAAGCAGUACGAGGAGGAUAACUUUACUAGGCUGAACGCUGUGGGCAACAAGGCUGAGAAACGUAAGAGUAAACAAAAGGAGAUAAUGGCAAGAGUCAACAUGAUUGGCGGCGAAGACUUCAGCAUAUUUAAUUCUAAGAGGAAACUUGAAGAUAGCACAUCUAGAAAAGGCAACAAGAAGCCUCGCACUUCGUGGGACAGAGCGAAGAAAAGAAUGUAG